AUGGCUCCGAAUGCCACCAAGGGGAGAAACUACCUAGACCAGCUCGACAAUGCACGAUGCGAGGGCGACUGGGAGGCUGUCCCAGAGCUAAUCCGCAAGGUGCGCAAGCAUGCGCCAAACCGCGCCUGCCUCGCCCUGACCGCCGAAAUUGAACACGGCAUCGUCAAGUCCACCAAGUCCCAGAAGCCCGCACGACCUGCUACUGCCGACUCUGGCAAUGUUUCCGCCACGGAGAUUGAGGUGGCAACGCAUCUGCCCAAGGUUCUGACUCUCAUCGACGAGGAGCACACAUACGCUGAGGACAGGUUCCAGGCCCAAGUCUGUGUGGGGUGGCUGCACUGGGUCGUUGGAGAAUACAACCUAGCAUUCGUGCGCCUGCCUGAGGGCCUCGAAGAGAACCAGGUGGAGAGCUUGGACAAUAUCUCAGAGUGGACGAGGGUCUGCAUGUUGAAGUCCGCUUACCUGCGGGCCAAUUGCCUGGCGCGCAACGGGAAGGAGGUCGACGCCCUCUCUGUCUUCGAGGCUGCAAUCCCACCGAGCUCCUUUCCAUGGAGCAGCCAGACGGCCAAGAAAGAGCUUCGGUACUGGUCUGAGCUGUUCCUGACGGAAUACUGCAUGCUAUCUAACGGAUGUCGUGGCAAGGGAGACGUCUCGCUGGAAGACGAUAAUUCGCUGGCAGGCUUCCGGUCUUGGGCGAGGUGGUGGGAUGGAUCGAAAGGGUCAACCCUGGCUGGUGGCUUCGGUUUCAAAGGAUCGGUACCGCGACGCCGUAUAUGGUUCGAAUAUUACGAGGCCUUGUCGACAAUCUUACAGGAAGACCUUGCCUACCCUACGAAACACAUGUUUCCUGCGGAAAGCGAGCCAUCGACAAGGGGCCAGCUGCUGGUUGAGUUGAAGAGGACAGAGACCGCAUUCGAGGCCCUCUUGCUCAACGAAACAACCUUCCCGAAGGCUGAUGAGGACAGAGAAGAGGUCGAGCUCUUCGUAGAGAUGUUUAUGCGGAACUGGACCAUUCUUACCGGUCGUGGAUGGAGCGAAAGGGAUCUGGGCCAGGGAGGCAAGGCGGGUCUAAGUGCGUCUACUCUUGAGAUGCUGUACCGCGCAUCGACGAAAACAUUUCAUUCGACUGCGAUACUAAGGAACCUGUUCCUGGUUCAUCUUUCCGUGGCAGAGUUCGACCUGGCUCUGAAGGCAUUUGACUCGUACCUCGACAUUGUCCAGAAAGGCAAGGCUCGGGUUGAGAAAACAGGGCACGAAGAAAAGACCCUCGAUGACGAUGCGACUGUACUCGAGACAAUAUGUUUGUGCAUCUCGGUGCUGAGCCGUUUUGGUGAGAGGGAGGCAGCUGAUAGGGCGAAAGAUCUGGCCUUGGAACUUGAGCACUGGCUUGGAAAGAUCGAGUCGCCCGUGCCGAGUGGUGCUAUGGCUUCCGUCAGAGAAGAUGGAGGUAGGUCUUCGGCCACUGGAGAUCGCGUGCCAGCCAAGAUCCUGGCUCUGGCAUGGCAGUCUAUCGGGUUGGCCCAGGCGCAAUGGGCUCGCACAACCUUCGACCCGUCAUCUCGAACAGAUGUACAAAAGAAGGCCAUAAGAUCAUUGCGUACCUCCCUGUCAGCAGACUUCGCCACCUCUGCGGAUGUCCGGGGUGUGUUUGCGCUUGGACUGCUUCUUGCCGAGCAGAGGGAGCUCACUACCGCCAUUGAGCUUGUGAAGACAGCUCUUCUAACGAGAGCACCGGGCGACGAGAUGCUGGUUCUGCAUAACGGCCCAUUCUGGCGUGAAAGAUCGCUCAUCCCACUCUGGCAUCUCCUGUCGCUGUUGCUUAGUGCCAGACAGGAAUAUGUGCUGGCAGCUAGGACCUGCGAGUGCGCCUUCGAACAGUUCAGAGACCCUGUUGUGCUCUUCGGGCGCCAGGCUCAGUUCAAGAGCGACCACCUAAAUGAGGCUGACAAGGACCCUGAUGCGAGCCAAGGCCUGGUUGAUGAGAUGGAUGAUUUUGAAAAGGAGAAUAUUCUGGAAAUCAAAAUGACCCAACUGGCAAUUGUCGAGGUCGUUGAGGGGCCGAGAGUUGCUGUCAAUGCCAGCCUGGAACUGUUGACUUUGUUUUCGCGCUUGUUCGGCAGCGUGCAGUCGAAGCAAAGUCUUGAACCGCCAAAGCCGGCAGUCCUACCAAGGACCUCGGGCACUUUCCGGAGCAUUAGGAGUGGCAUUUUUGGUAAUCGGAAUAGUCGCGCGGACAGACGAGACAGUAACGGCACAGUACGAGCACCCGAUGAGAACACGGAAUCGACUCAGCAACGCCCACAAACACAACAGACCAUACAAACUAUCAGCCGAGCACCCACGAUUCAGGUUACGCAAGAAAACGGCAGUCCCCGGGCGCGCAGGAAAUCGACUAGCAACGAGAAGCGGAGCGAGUCUGCUACAAGGAACUCGCUGCGUAAACGAGAGAGCCAAGGGGCCAGACGGCGCGCAGCGAGCACGGGGCCGACUCCGCAUGUCGCGACAGUCGUUGACGGGGAAACAUUUUACACGCCCAUGCCCGGCCCUGAGGGCCUGCAGGCGUCCGAUUUCUUCACCUUCGCCAACAAGCGCAACCCACUGUCGCGGCCGUCGUCUGCUAGCCGAGCAAACUCGCAAAUGUCCGACUGGUCGGCCCGGCCGCCCGCUCCAGAUAUGUCUGGGAUCGCACUGGAGGGCAUAGAGCCUGUUGGCGCGGUAUUGCCGGUGAUACAGUUUGACAAAGACCAGGUGAAGGCGAGGAGAAGUGCUAUCCUGCUGAAGGUUUGGCUCAUGAUCGCCGGCUUCUAUCGCAGGGCUGAGAUGUAUGAUGAUGCCAAGGGCGCUGUCAACGAAGCACAGAAGCUUGUCCAAGCGAUGGAGUCGGAUAUGGGUAAGGCCUCGUCAGACAGUGGCAAGAAGUCACCGGGCUCUUCAUCACUCAGAAAACCCGGUUGGGCCGGCCAAAAGUCCAUCGAGGAGCUGUGGGCCGAUGUGUGGAAUGAGAAUGCCCGUCUCCAGAUCGAAAAGGGAGACGUAGACGCCGCGCGCAAGGACUUUGAAGCUGCUCUCACGCAUUUCCCUGACCACCCUGGCGCCAUUGUGGGACUAUCCAAUAUUUUGCUUGAUCUCUACUGCGAGAAGACAGUGCCACCUCCGGCCUUCCCGCGUCUUGAUCUCGUCGGCGGAUCUGACGCAAUGCCUGGCACGGAUCAAAGCACAGAAGAGGUCGUGUUCCCAGAGCGAAAGCAAGCAGACUCGCCCAAGCCUCUUCCCACAGGGCCCCUGGGUCUCGGCGCCUUCAGGCCACAGAAGCAAGAGCCAUCGAAGCAACCCAGCCUGCCCAAGAGCCCGACCUCGCUCCAUCACGAAAGCCACCUUGAGCCGCCGUACAAGGCGGCUUCGAUACCGCAAGUAGACCGACUCGCUUCCCGUGACAGAGCUUACGGGCUGCUGUCGAACCUCACGAAACUAGGAACCGGGUGGAACUACUCAGAGGCGUGGUUUGCGCUCGCAAGGGCGUACGAGGAGAGCGGGCAGCUGGACAAGGCCAAGGACGUACUGUGGUGGUGCGUUGAGCUGGAGGAGGGGGUCGGUGUGAGGGAGUGGGAUUGUGUUAACACAGGAGGAUACGUCCUGUGA